GUGGGAGUGUAUACACGGUUAAUGUAAACACAUCGAAUAACCUCAUAUUUUAAGCUGGCAAAGCGAAAAAGACGGAGAACAGGGUAGAAUAUAUAAAUAACAGUGCAUAUUGUCUUAAUGAUAUCUUUUCAUCGCCUACAACCAUGGACAUCCCUGUGAAUUUGAGGGUGAAUUUUCGGGGGAACGCGAAGAGUUUCCUAGUUUCAGAGUCGGAAACGAGCUGGGAGUCAAUGGAAGCCAUGAUUAAGAGGUCCUUUGGCUUGUCCAGUCUGCAGUUGACGUACUUCGAUGAGGACAAUGAAGAGGUAUCCAUUAACAGUCAAGAGGAAUAUGAAGAGGCUUUAAAGAGUGCGCAGAAGCAGGGGGGGCGGCUCCACAUGAACGUGUUCGAGACGAAGGGUCCGGCGGGCAGGGGUCCCGCCAAACCACGCAGCGGGGAGCCGAAGACAGAGGCCCGCCCCCCCCAGCACUGCCCCACACUCACCAAGACCGUCAGCCAGAGGAUACAGGUGGCCACGCACGAGCAGCAGGCCCUGGGGGUCAUCAAGGAGAUGAAAGGGACCAAAGAUGAAGACAAGACCCCCCCAGCCUGGUUUACAUCGUACAUGGAGAAGUUUAAGGAGCAGGUGGUGAAGGAGGCAGUGGAGAAGAUCUGUCGGGAGUUUUCCGGACAGUGCUGCAUCCAUAAGCCCUCCGGAGGGGAUGGGCAGGUCGCAGAGGUCAGCUCCUCCCCCUCCUCUGCAGGGGUGACCAGCGCCACGCCCACCUGCAGCAGCUGCCAGGGACAGACCUCCGGGGGCGGGUACCAGUGCAGUGUGUGCACGUCCUGCACCCUGUGUGAGCCCUGCAGCCUGGCCCACGACCCCACACACAGCCUGGUCAGGGCCCGCACCCCACUGUCCAUCCCUGAGCACGGCUCGCCUGGCCCUGAGCAUGUGAGGUUCCAGCGGCGGGGGGACAGAAGCUUCCGGAAGGCGGAGAAGCAGCGGCUGAAGGCGGAGAAGCGGCAGCUGAAGGCGGAAGUGAAAGAGAUCCGGAAGCAGCUCCGGAUGGAACGCCGGGGCCUGCAGUGGAACACCGUCGCAGACGGGAAUGCCGAUCCCAUCCUGCUCCAGCCCCGGAGCUCCCAGACCUGCUGCCUGGAGAGUCCCCACCGCCCCUGCGCCCCCGUGGGCCCGGCCAUGACCGCGCUGUUCCUCGAUGAGAACCUUCCGGACGGGACCCGCCUGCAGCCCGGGACCCGGUUUGUGAAGUACUGGAAGAUGAGGAACACCGGCAGCAUGCCCUGGGGCCCCGAAACCAAGCUGAAGUUUAUGUGGGGGAACCUGACGCUGGCCUCCAGUGAGAAGCAGAAGGAGGUGGGCGUGCCGUUCUUGCAGCCAGAGCAGGUGGGCGUGGUCAGUGUGGGCUUCACGGCUGCCAUGGCCGAGGGCACCUACACGUCUCACUGGCGUUUGGCGCAUCGCGGCGAGCAGUUCGGCCCGCGAGUCUGGUGCAGCAUCGUCGUCGACCCCCUGGCCCCGCCCCACGCCGCUGAGGGGGAGCUGCUGUCCCCACCCGGGACUCCCCAGGUGGCGCUGCAGCAGAAGGAUGGCUCUCGGCGGGAGAAGGAGGGAGUUAGCUGUGCUGUUCCUAGAGACUGUGCCCUGAUGUCCAUGGGGCUGGACUGUGAGCAUGACUACUACAUCCCCUCUGUGGACCUGCUUACUGCACAGGACCUGCUGUCCUUCGAGCUGCUGGACAUAAACAUUGUGCAGGAGCUGGAGAACGUCCCCAACAACACGCCUGCGGACAUGACGCCCUGCAUGUCCCCACUGCCCCACGAUGCCCCCCUGGUGGAGAGGCCGGCCCUGGGGCAGAUCCUGGAGGAGACUGAGGCCUCUGGGGCAAAGAGCCUGCCGGCCACCAGGAGGGCCAUGCGAAAGGAUCCGGAUCUUGGCAGUGUUCCGGCCCAGGAGGAGGGUGAGGAGGACAUCAGCGGGACACAGUUCGUGUGUGAGACCGUGAUUCGCUCCCUCACCUUGGAGGAGGAGCCAGACCGAGUGCCCCUGCGCAGACCACGCCCCCGACCCACCCCCCGCAAAGUGUGCCCGUCCGCUGUACUGGACUCCAGCUCUGGUGGGAAACCGAUGAAGAGGGCGGGGCCUGGUCUGGAGGCGGGGCUUAGGACGAUAGAGGCUCCACCUCCUGCUACACCACAGGUCAUACAGGAGGAGCUGGCCGCUCCAGAGGUGGACAUCCAGAGUGUGUGUGCGAACCCCAGCGCCGAGGGGGCGGGGCCAGGCCAGGGAGCGGGGCCGGUAGCUAUGGCGACCACCCCCGACGAACAGGACGAGGUCCGGAGCCAGGCCUCAUCCGCGUCCUCAGAGGAUUACAUCAUCAUCCUGCCCGACUGCUUCGACACCAGCCGUCCGCUGGGAGAGUCCAUGUACAGCUCGGCCCUGUCGCAGGCCGGGCCCCACAGCGCCCCCUCUGGCUGCAGCAGCGUCAGCGACAUGCUCUGUGCCUCCCAGACGCUGGACGCGGUGCCCCUCACCCCCCUGGUGCUGCCCGCCAACGUGCUGCUGCUGCCCGCUGCUGCUCCACACAGUAGACCGGAGAGGCUGGGACAGAAGGAUCUGAACGUGGAGACGCUCGACACCAGUGAACUGUACCAGCCUGCAGACACACCCGACUGUUCCGGUUCAGACCAGUCUGAACCAGCCAGCCCCUCAGAGAAGAGUGACCCAGAGACCCCCCAGGACCAGAAGCCGCCAGGAGGCCUGACCGACGGGCUUGUGAAGGGAGCCCUCUCUGUUGCAGCCUCCGCCUACAAAGCCCUUUUCACCGGCCAACCCGGCACCUCACAGCCCCCGGCGGAUUCGGCCAGUCAGGACGCGCUGAUGUCGGUGCUCCUGGAGAUGGGCUUCGGCGACCGUCCGCUAAACCAGCGGCUGCUCAAGAAGCACGACUACAACCUGCUGGACGUGGUCAACGAGCUGGUGCAGAUGGCCGACAACGACUGGUACGCCACGCGCUACUGAGGAGCCAAGAUGGCCGCCUCCUCCUCCUGAUUGGCCAGGGGCCGGCCCAGUCCACAGGAACUCUGUUAUGGGUGCGGUGUAUCAGUGUAUAUUGUGGAGGGGAGGGGGGGUGUUGGGGGCUCAGUGCUUUAAAAAAAGGGAGAAUGCUGAGCAUGAUGACAUCACUAAGAAGCAUCCAAUGAAACGCUUUGUACAUAGACGCAUACCUGUAUAUGUAGCAGCAGUGUCAUCUCCAGUUCCAUUCCUGUAAAAAUGCACUUCAGAAAAGCGGUUAUUACUAUUUCCUUUUACUAGUGAUGGUAACAUAUGAAAAGGUUUGGUUUAAAAACAUUGAGUGUGUGAUGUACUGGAUAUCUUUGAACCUUCUGCCAGACCAUGGAAGGCUAGACUUCCUAGGCAGCCUAGUUUGUAGACAUUGGCAACAGCUAGCAGAUGCCAUCGCUACUCACCUAAUACACGAUGGUAUUUAGAAGUGACCGUGUCAAUACUGUUUAAAACAUAUGCAUGAUUGUCAGUGUGGGAACUGGGACCAGCUUUUUUCCAUGUGUGAUACCAGUACAUCAGACCCACAGGCAUUGUGUACAGGUAUUGCGCUGUGUGCUAAAGGCCAUCCUGGCCAUCCUGGCCACCCACUUCUCAUCCACAAAGGGUCUGAGUUCCACUUCAGCUCAUCGUGAUUGUUGUUUGAUCGGAAAAAGUAAACAUUCCCAUAUUUGUCUGUGAAACACACGAUCCUAGAAUCAUAAGUCAUCUCACGUCGUUGUUGUAAUGUAAUAACUGAUGUUUUAAAAUUGUACUAAUUUAUGGUCAGUCAAAUAUUUGAAUACAUUUUAUUUUAUCUCAUUUGCUGGCUGAGAUUUAAAAAAACUUCAUUGUUUCAGAAACUGGACACUUUGGGUCUGAAGUUUUUGUUAGUGGAAUGUUUAUGAAGUCAAGAAUAUGAUUUUUUGUUUUCUAGAUUGCAAAUGUGAAACUUUUAUAUUUCCUUUUCUGCAACUGUGCAAUAUUAAUAUUUCACACUAAGAAAGUUGGUUUUCAACGUAAUGGGAACUGCAAGGACAGGAAGCUGUAGGAGGGACUUCCUGUGGCGACAGUUAAAUAUCAUACCUGGUUUCUGCUCCCUUCUCCGAGUGUGUCUCUUAUCUGAGUUAACGCACACACUUUGGUGUUGCUGUGUGUUUAGUUACAAAUGUAAAUGUGUAAGUGGCACUGUCACCUUUUAGUAGCUGUGUAGUUCUGCAGUUCACAUGACAACCGACCUGACGACCAAACUGCACCCAGUGAAUUGCAGAAUAUGACAGAGUGGGUGUGGUCAUUUCCUUAUUUCUUAGUGAAGCAUGUACUGGUAUAUUUCAGGACUGCGUGUUGGAGAACUGCGAGGGAAAGGAGUUUAUAGUUAUAGUUUUAUAGUUCAGCUCCAUUUCCUGUGGAUUACAGUCAUGCUGUUGGCCUCACAGUGCACUGACUCUGACCAAUCAAGACUAAGGAAAGACCAAAGCAGAGGAUGUGUGUUCAGAGGGGCGUGUGUGUCACAGGCCAUGUGUGCAGAUCUUCAUUCUUACGCAGUGUGUGUUUGAUCAGUCACAGUGGUGUGAUUAUAAAGUGCAGGCCCAGGUCCUGUUCAGGAGUGCAGGAGGACUUAUGUGGAUAUAGCUUUCUGCAGGCUGUCUGUGGUUGGGUGUACAGACAGACAGACAGCAGCAGCUAACUCUCAUUAGUGGUUCGCUCCUGAAGGAGCCAUUCUCUGCUGGAGUCUGUUUUCAGAUUGAGGAGUGACUGGCAGCAGAUAGAGCCACCAACACACACUGUCCUUAUCCCAAUAAUGAACCCACACACCAUCAGCAGCAAACAGGAGAAUGUAUCUGUGUACAGACUACAGGGUAAACUCUUACAUUAGUAUUGGAAAUAUAUCUGCUUUUUCACAAAAUCAGUUCAAAUAAGAUCUAAGCUAUAGGUGUAUUUUGAUUUUUUUCUGAAAAAUGGAUGGACUGUAGAGACAGAACCCUCAGCCAACCCCUCCUCAAGCUUCUGGGCCAUACUGCCAACACUUCUGAGUUCCUAUUCUACAUUAGUCACUGCUUGUGAUUACUGUGCAAUGUGUAUAUAUUUUAUUUUCAGAAAGGGGUCUUAAGAAUAACCUGCAUAAAGGCCUAUGUUGACGAGGAGCAUAUACUGUAGCUCACCGCUGAAUCCUUGCAGAAAAAAAGUUAUGAUUAUAUUAAACGUUCCCAAGCAUUAAUGCGUUUAUGGUUAGCCAUGGCUUUUUGACGCUGAUGGAAAUAUGCUGUAACUACGCAGUACCCAUUUCAGUUUGAAUAACAUGGUGUUUGCUCUGUGAGAAGGUUUGCACUAUUAUAAGGUCAAAGGUUUGAUGAAGGAAAGGUCAAUUAACACUAAAGGCGUGCGGUGUUGUGGGCGUGUAAGGAUCAUGCUGACCGCUCGGUGUUAGCAUGGGCUAACAGGAGGACGUAGGUGAAUAGCAUUCCAGCUCUAACUGUGUUGAGGAGAACGAGCACUUUACAGACAUCCAGAUAAAAUGUAAAAACAAAGUGAUUUAAUAAAAAGUAAUUACAGUAUGCUG